GUAGGUGUCGCUCUGCCGCAUGUUUGUGGAGGUAGGUAGAAAGCUCUUGCACGGGCAACAGCCAUUUAGGUUUACAUCGGUCGUCCUAGUCGUCCGCAGCUCAGACUACGGAGACAGCUAAACGACUGCGCGUGCGGUUCGCGGGCAGUUGUGAUCAGCACCUUUGGCUCGUCUCGGUAGGGUAGAGUUUGGUGUGUGUGAGCGCGCCGUCGGGACACAAUGUGUCCAACCCCGAACUCCGAUUACUUUGCAGUGGUCCCCUGACCAACACGGAAUCGUCUAUGGAGGGGCAAGCAAAGCGUUUACCGUCAAGAUACCACAAUUCUAUCAUCUGUUAUUUGAGAGAUGGUAACAAAUGAACGGCCCCGAAGAGAACAUGGUUGAGAGGACCAGCAAAUUCCUGUUGAUCGUUGUCGGCUCUGUCUUCUUCAUGCUGAUUUUGUAUCAAUACGUGGCUCCCGGAGUCAUCAACUUCGGGUCUCCGCACGGAUACCUCGCCGAAGAAGACAUGACCAUAUUCCCCACGCCGGAUCCCCAUUAUGUGAAAAAGUACUAUUUCCCCAUCAAGGACCUGGAACGGACGAUGGAUUUCGAGAUUAAGGGAGAGGACGUGAUUGUUUUCCUUCACAUCCAAAAAACUGGAGGUACCACGUUCGGGAGGCAUCUGGUCCAGAAUGUGCGCCUGGAGGUGCCUUGUGACUGCAGACCGGGUCAGAAAAAGUGUACCUGCUAUCGGCCCAACAGAAAAGAGACCUGGCUGUUCUCCCGGUUCUCCACCGGCUGGAGCUGCGGCUUACACGCAGACUGGACCGAGCUCAUCAACUGCGUACCAGGAGUUCUCAACAAGCGAGAGACUAAAGCAAAGAAACUAAGGAAGUACUACUACAUCACGCUGCUGCGGGACCCGGUGUCGCGCUACCUGAGCGAGUGGCGGCACGUGCAGCGCGGCGCCACCUGGAAGACCUCGCUGCACAUGUGCGACGGGCGCACGCCCACGCCCGAGGAGCUGCCCGCCUGCUACGAGGGCAGCGACUGGUCGGGCUGCACGCUGCAGCAGUUCAUGGACUGCCCGUACAACCUGGCCAACAACCGGCAGGUGCGCAUGCUGGCCGACCUCAGCCUGGUGGGCUGCUACAACAUGUCCACCUUCCCCGACCGCAAGCGCGCCCAGAUCCUGCUCGAGUCGGCCAAGAAGAACCUGCGCGACAUGGCCUUCUUCGGCCUGACGGAGCACCAGCGCAAGACGCAGUACCUGUUCGAGCGCACCUUCCACCUGCGCUUCAUCCGGCCGUUCGUGCAGUUCAACAGCACGCGCGCCUCUGGCGUGGACCUGGACAACGGCACCAUCCGGCGCAUCGAGGAGCUCAACGAGCUGGACAUGCAGCUGUACGACUACGCGCGCGACCUCUUCCAGCAGCGCUACCAGUUCACGCACAUGCUGGACCGCCGGGAGCAGCGCAUCACGCAGCGCAGCCAGGCUCGGAUCCUGAGGGGGGGCGGAGGAGGAGGAGGUGGGGAGGAGCUGGCUGGGGGUGGAGGUGGUGGUGGUGGUGGUGGGGCUGGGGGAGAGGGAACCGCACGCCUGCCCACGGAGGACUACAUGAGCCAGAUCAUCCACGGAUGGUAGCAAAGAAAAAGAGAAAGAGAGUGAGUCGGAUGGGAGAUGGAGAGAUUAAAGAGAAUGAGGGGGAGGAGAGAUGAAGACUCUCGAAAAAGAAAGCGGAGAUGGUGGAACGUCGUUUUUCCUCUCCCCGCGCCUUCCCCAGCGCUUUCUGGGUCAUGAUUGGCCAAGUGAAAACUGUGAGAGGGGUUAGGACCUGUUGACCUCCCUGUUUAUUUAGCUAUGUUUGUUUGUUUAUAUCCUUCAGGAUUACAUGAUUGUGUCCUUGUGGACUAAACGCUUAUACCAAGGAAAAGUAAAAAAUAAAAAAAAGAAAUAAAGAACUAAAGGAGGAGAAGUGGAAGGCUUCAAGUUGGGGAAGGAUUCCUGGGUCCCAUCCGCCCCCAAAGCUAAGAGACGCCCGGCCAAAUGAAAAGAUUCUCUGUUUGGCAACAAAGAGGCUCAACAUCAAAGCUCUGGCAUUGGGCUGGCCAACACUACGCUGUUUCCCUGAGUUGCUUUUCUUUCUCCUCCUCCCAGACAUCAUUUAAUUAUCAGAGAGUUAACAAGGAUUACAUAAACGAACGCUAGCAGACUUUUGGAAUUAAUUUAAUUGCCUUCAGAUCAUCGAAAGCAGAUAUCUAAGACGAAAAAAAAAAAUAAUACAUGUAAGUCGUUGGUUUGAUCCAGUCUGCUUUAAGUGAACAGAGAGCGUUCACUGUUUAAUUUCUUAAACCUCAGAUGUCAGUUACAUUUCCUCAAUGCAGCAGCUCCCGCAUAUCUGAACUACAUACCCCUAAAAAAUGCCUUUUCCCACACUUUAUAACAACACUACAAAAAAAAUCCUAAUAAUUUAAACUGCAGUGAGAGUUCCUUUCAGGGCGACCCACCCUGGUAAACCUCCACACGGCCAAACUCUCCUUUCUCCCCCACUUUGUGUUGUAACCCCUCAGUCCACCUCAUCUCACCGCUGGGUCCAGACAGCCGGGACUGACCUGAAGCUGAAGCUGUGUCUGAGAGCUGAAGCUGUGUCUGAGAGCGAUGGUUGUGGACACCUUGAUGUUUUCAACACCUGGACUCCAUGGCCGUGGGACUUUUUACUGAUGUAAUGAAAUAUGACUCAUUGUUAUUAUGAAAUGAUUGAUAUUUUUCAACGACAAUGAAAAAGCAUGGACAGAUUUUUUUUUUUGCUUUUCAAUAGACUGAGAGUGUGUGUGUUUGAUUGAGUGGACAGCUAUUUGGAAUAAAUAAAUCAAAGUGUGUGUGUGAGUGUGUAUGUUUAAUUGUGCAUGUUUGUGUGUGUGUGUGUGUGUGUGUGUGUGUGUGUGUGUGUGUAUAUGAGCCAUGUGUGACUUGUCAUGUGUUAUGUGAAUGCAAUGCAGUGUGCUCCAAAUGUUUUCUCUAUUAGGACAAACACAGACAUAUUUGAGUCUCUAUGAGACUUUCAUAAUCACACUUCAACCCUACAACAAUGGACGUGCAAUAUGACUGGCUGACUUAAAUGGUAAUAAUCGCUAUUGCCAAUUAGUCAUUGGCUAAAUAAACCAUCGUCAUUAAUUUCAAUGCCAACAUUACUCCUGAAACACUGCACCACAAAAGACUCUUUUGACAUAUUUGUUAAAAGGUCAAAUUAUUAUGCUUUUCACCACCCGGUUACUCUGUUAAGUAAAAGCAAUUUGUAUUUGAAAUCUAAAGCAAUGGUUGUGACAUGUGAACAACAGCGCGUUAUGUCUGGAGUGCUUGUGCGGUUAGCGGUUAGUGGUGUGAUGGCGUCUCUGCCCCGGCUGCUCUGUUCAAGUCCUUGAAGCCCGGCAGCAUAGGAACAAACCCGGCCCUGAAAUGUUAUGGAACGUUUUUUUUGUUGUUUUUUUUUGCACACACUCUGUUUUGAUUUCAUCAUCCAGCCAAAUGUGGCUUUGUUGUAUUGAAUCAUUCCGUUCCCUACCAUCCAAUCAGAAUCCUGAGAUCUUGUAAACACACUGGCGUGGUUGGUUUAUGAAAGAUCUCUGAGAGGAAAAUCAAAGGGUGAUAUUUUUUUCAGAAAAUUGUAUAUGAGUAUAUAUAUAUAUAUAUAUCUUCACGUGUGUGCAUGUAUGAAUGAAUGUGUGUGCGUGUGUGUGUGUGACAGAGAGUGUGUGUAGGCUGAGCCAUGAGGGACAUGUUUUGGCAUCCCUUGCUUCUUUGUGUUCCACCCACUGUAUGUUGCUGUGAUUACUUCUGUUACCCAUGCCAACUAGAUCUCCAGAAUUACCAAUAAAACGACAUUUCCUUUUGUAAUGAAA